AGCUUUUUUUCCUGAUUUCUGUUCCAAAGUUUGCAAGAGCGAAGCUCACCCUUCGCGGAUUAAUAAAACGAGAGAGCGGACGAGAAGGCUACUUCUCUCCGGGAGAGAUGGCCGCUCAUUUGUUUGCGGCCAAAGAUCACGCUGCUGUCUACCAGAAAUACAGGUUCCCACCCCCGGAGAACCUCCAAGGUGUGAUCCUCUCCUACCUGGAGAAAAAGGUAAAAAAAGGGGGGGCGUCGGGAGAGAGCAGGCAUGCAAUCAAUCAAUCAAGCAGCACCUCCUGCCCGAGAGGCUGCAGAGCUGCUGCCGGUCAGUGUUGGCAGGAGAGCUCGAUGGGCCACGAGGAAGGAUGGUUGGCUAAGUGGGAGGGUACUUGCUUAGCAUGUAGAACAAGCUUCCUCAACCUCGGCCCUCCAGAUGUUUUGAGACUACAAUUCCCAGCAUCCCUGACCACUGGUCCUGCUAGCUAGGGAUCAUGGGAGUUGUAGGCAAAAAACAUCUGGAGGGCCGAGGUUGAGGAAGCCUGAUGUAGAAGGUCCCAGUUUCAGUCCCCAGUGUUGCCAGGUAAGGCUGGGAAAGACUGUUGGUAUAGGGUACCUUUUUGUGAAACUGAAAACAGUAAGGAUCCUCCUCUCAAAGCACGCAUCCUUGAAAAUCGAAGAGUCCAUGCCUUGCAGCUGUUAACAGAUAAAAGUUGUAUAUGAGUUGUCUUCAGGAGGGAAGGAACUAAUAAUAAUAAUAAUAAUAAUAAAUUUAUAUUCUGCCCAUCUGACUAGGUUACCCCUGCCACUCUGGGUGGCUUCCAAUAUAUUAAAACACAGUAAGACAUGAAAUAUCAAAACACCCUUUCAAAGAGUGUCUCUUGCUCUCUUGGUUCAUAUUAUUAAAACCAUUUUUGAAAAGUUUUUUUUUUUAAAUGAGCUGUGAUUCCUGCAUUGCAAUGGGUCGGACUAGAUGACCGUUUGCGGUCCCUUCCAAUCUUACAAUUCUAUGUAUGAAGAAAGCCUCUCCUCGAUCCUGAGCAAGGGCAGAAGUUUCUAAUUCCAGAACAAAACAUUAUUUUUCUUACCUUAGGCGGAGCCUCUGAGCUCUUAGCAUUAAGUAAACAGUAAAAAGCCAAGCUCCAAAUAAUUUCCUCCCUUUGUAAGGUUUCACGCUUUCCUGAAAGUAAGAAGACGCUGUGGUGGGUCAAAGACUGAUACAUUCCCAUUGCAAAGUUUAAAAGGGGUGAGGCAUAUUAGUCAUUGGAAAAGAAAAAUAGUGGCUAAAAGCAUUUGGCGAGAUGAAAGAGGCCAAAGUGUUCCAAUCAUUUUUUCAGGCGAAGAUUAAGCUUGCUGGUGUUGUGAAAAUACUUCUGGAGAUUUGCUAGCUAAGAUGCUACUCUUCUUGUCUGACUGCAAGAGGAAGAGCUGGGCUUGAAUCUUAUCCCACAUUGCCCCCUACUGAGUAAUCCUCACUGGCUCCUGUCAUUUUCUUUCACCGAAGAGGUUUACAACCCCAUCCUUUACCUAUUCUGAGCUGCUAGGGGCAGGGGACUUUCCGCAGGACAAUUGGAAUGCCCUUGAAUGUUCUGUGACAUCACAGUAGCCUGGCCAAUGGCAGAGAAGGGUGUGUGUGCGUACCAGGUGAUGGCUGGUUUAAGGCCUAUUUGUUGGGGAGUGAGAACUGGUAUCUGGAAUAGAGAAAGAUGUGGCCUUGUAAGUGAAUUGAUGCUAUGCUUCUCAAUAUGUGCUGCUGUCUUCCCUCAGAAGGUGACCUCCUUUCAUCUGGCCGUGGACGUGGGAUGUGGCACAGGCCAGAGCAGUCACCUGCUGGCGAAGCGUUUUGAGAAGGUGGUCGGGACAGACGUAAGCGAAGCUCAGAUCGAGGAGGCCAAGCGAACUGCCCACCCGCCAAAUGUCUCCUACCUGUAAGUAAGGAUAGACUUGGCACUCAUGUUUAUGCCACUUGACUGCAGUAAGAGCUCCCAGCAGUUUGCAAGAAAUAUUUAAAAUUGCUGAAAAAAAUAGUGAAAAGCAAUUUCUGGGUCUGUGCGGCAUGCAAUGUUUUUAAUUGCUUUUCACUGUUUUUAUCAGCAAUUUUAAAUAUUUCUUGUGAGGUCACACCUUACUGUGUGAGUCCUCCUGUUUAAAGCACCCAGAAGUGGACUCUGGACUCUAGAUAUGAGAAUCAAGUGGCUCUAUUGUUUUCUGUGGCUGGGAAAAUAUGCUUCUGUUACCUCAUGUCAUUUUAAGCUUUGGUUAAUUGAAGUAGCAGUGCUAGAAUCCUCUGAAAUGCCUAUGUAUAUUCCGACCACAUUUUCUUAAUGGUGACAUGGACCGUGCAUAACGCAUCAUAAUAAUAAUAAUAGUAAUAAUAAUAAUUUAUUUAUACGCUGCCUGUCUGGCUGGGUUUCCCCAGCCACUCUGGGCGGCUCCCUACAGAAUAUUAAAAAUAGAAUCAAACAUUAAAAACUUCCCUAACCGUAAGAAUAUUCUUCACAACUAUGACUAGGGCAGAGGGGUGGGGUAAGUGAAGACAAGAAACAACAAUGAACUAUAAUGUUGUUCACUGCUCCUGCUCAGGCUGCACAGAGAAAGCAUUUCAGCUCCUGAAAUUCGUUCUGAUUGUGCAGAUAGAAUAUGACGGAUAGAAUUCCACAGGGCAGGAUAUUAGUGUGUGAAAACAAUCGAGGUCCAAGGAUCCCCAGGCAUGCACCGCCAGAGGGUGGAGAUGUCAGAUAUCAUCCUGGUGCCCAGGCAUCGAAACUUGGUUGCAAAUGGCCAGUAGCCAGGUGCAGUAUAUGCCUGGCUAAUUUCGAACCCUGGUGGCGAGCUGAAAUUUGGCCUGGUUGCCAAGACCAGCCAACGUUUGUGGCUUCUCAUCUCUGGCAGAGCCGCCGCCAUAGAGAGCGGAGCUUUCGUUGUGGAUUCAUGAUGAGAUGGUUUAGGAGGCAGACGCCACAAACCCUCACAGCCAUUUUGAUGACCUGAGCGAGCAAGACAUAGCAGUUAACAGCCAUUUUGCCCUUCGCCUGCCCAGCGUGUGCCCUGCGGAAGAGCUCCCCUUUGAGGACCGCUCUGUGGAUCUCCUCACGGCCUUCACUGCGGCCCACUGGUUUGACAUUCCCCGCUUCAUGAAGGAAGUGGACCGCCUUCUCAAGCCGUCCGGCUGUGUGGCCUUGAGUACCAACACCCUCGACAUGCGGUUGCACUACAAGGACUGUUCAGAAAAGCUCACAGAAAUCUUCCAGGAGGUAAGACCAACGGCACAGUCUUCCUAAGGGAACCAUCGUUGUGGGAGGGAUGUAAGCCUGAGCAGGACUUGGGAGAAAGUCUGUUGAGUUCUGCGCUCCGGACAUGAUCAUGCCUCAUAGAACUCUAGCCCAAUGCUUGCCAUUAAUUUGAUUCUGAAUUGAUUUUAGAAUGAGUUGAUUUUAGAAUGUAUUUCAAUUAAUUGAUUGUGAUUUUAUUUUUACUUGUUACUUUUACUGUUGUUAGCCGCUCUGAGCCCGGCUUCGGCUAGGGAGGGCGAGAUAUAAAUAAAAUAUUUAUUUAUUUAUUUAUUUAUUAUUAAUUUCCAGCCAUCAGGGGAUGUGUGGCAAUGUUUAUGUAGCUGGAACAGCAUCACCCACACACAAGAGGGAGGUUAUCAGCAAGCUUGUAGAAAAUUUCAAGUUUUGCAGAAGUAUUUUAAAAAUUGUGUGUUGGUGUGUGGGGGGAACUAAGUGAGGAGGGAGGGAACUUAUAAAGAGUUGGGUGGGAAACUGGGUGGGAGGGGAUUGAAAUGGAGUAUAAUGCAGAGGGCAUGGCUGGCUGGCUGGCUGAAUCACUAGGACUAUUCCACACUUUAGUGAGCAAAGGUGUUUGGGGACUUUGAUGGAGGAACACCCAAGUGGUAGAGGUCUUAAAAGUGUGGGGAAAGAGAUGGAGAGAGGGGAGAGGAGAGAGCUCUCCCCCCCACUUUAUUGGAAUACUAGAAUUUGGAAUUACCGUAUUUUUCGCUCUAUAAGACUCACUUUUUCCCUCCUAAAAAGUAAGGGGGGAAAAAGUAAGGGGAAAUGUGUGUGCGUCUUAUGGAGCGAAUGCAGGCUGCACAGCUAUCCCUCUUGCUGUUCUGGCUUCAGCAAAAGCAACGCAAAACCUCUUCAACAACAUUUGAUUCUAAGUAUUUUUUCCUUGUUUUCCUUCUCUAAAAACUAGGUGCGUCUUAUGGUUGGGUGCAUCUUAUAGAGCGAAAAAUACGGCAUGUAGUAAAAUGGAUAGGAAGUUGAUUCAGGGCAGGAAGAUAAGGGCUGUUGGUCUUAGCAGGUGAACUUAUGCCACCAAAUACCAGCAUCAAUGGGGCAGGGACUAUUCCCUUCAAGCCCUCCUUGUGGACUUCCCAGAAGCAUCUGAUUGGACAUUGUGGGGAGGCUAGAUGCACCAUUGCUCAGCUUUAGGGGGGCUCUUUGUGUUAUUAAAGAGCCCAGCUGGAGAAGACUGUAACAAUGAUAGGAACGGAACCUCCAUAUUGCGCCGUACUAACAAAAUCAAAAUCAAAAUGACAAUUUCAAUAUGGAAAAAAUACAAAUCAGAGCUAUGCCUCUUUAAAAAAAAGCAGCAGAAGUUUAGCGUGAAAGUUAUCUACACCUGGGGAGAUGCCACAUUAAAGGAGAGAGAAGAAAGAGUUGUUGCUCACUAGCCGAUACCUAAUGUGCAAUUGUCCCAGGACCUUUCAGCUUUCCUUUUUGCUUUCACAGGUUCAAGGCCAGAUUUUCCCAUAUUCAAACGAAAAGAUCAAAUUUGUUACGGACGACUACAAAGCAAUAUUUGAUUCUCUGCCAUUUCAGGACAAGGAGAGGUGAGUGGACUGUACCAGAUUGUCUGAAAUAACCCAGCUAUUUGCUGUUGUGAAACAGCAAUCCUAUGCAUGUUUACGCAGGAAUAAUUCAGCGGGGCUUCCUCCCAGGUAAAUGGAUCUAUAGGAUUGCUGCUUGCGACCUGCGGAGAACUUUAGUGCAGAAAGGGGCACCUGAAAUGAUCAAGGGGUGGUUGGAAGAAAGGCUGGAGCAUGUUUGCAGAUUUUUAGAGAAAAACUGACAGCUUGAUUUCUUUAAUUCAAGGGUGGGACAUUUUCCCCAUGGGCUGAGUUCUUUGAGGGGGAAGCAGUUGUGGGGCUUAGUGCCAAAUCUGUGUGGCCCAAAGUACACCCAUUCCCCUACUCCUCCCCCUUUGCAGCUACAUUACACCCCUUCUCACAUGCAGACAUGCAUCUAUACACACACGUAUGUCACCUCCAACACAGACCUUGAUAUGAUAUGAUGGGAGAGGCCUGGUGGGGCAGAGGUUUCUCAAUUUAUUUAUUUAUUUCUCUCUCUGAUAUAUUUAUUUAUCCUAUCUAGAUGUUGGUCAGUAACACAAGUUCUCUGGGUGGCUUCCCAUUUCUUAUCUUACUAUUAUUUUAAACAUGUGUGUAGAUAGAUAGAUCCAGUGCUUUUUUCUGGGGGAACACAGGCGUACGCAUACCCCUAAACAUUUUGCAAAUCUUUGUACUUUUGUCCAUUUACUGUAUUUAUUUUUCCCGAUUUGAACUAUAAAAUGGUGGUUUUCUUGAGUCAAAAUGAGAGUACCCCUAAACAUUUUUUAAAGAAAAAAAGCACUAUCUCUAUCUUGAUAUAGAUACAGAUAUAGACUACUUAUUCAGUUGAAAACCCCCAAGUGGCUUAAUCUGAAAAAAUUGAAUUUGAUAAAUACAAAAUGUGAUUAUUAUUAAAAUAAUAAUAAUGAUAAAGCAGAAAUGUGGUGUGUAACAGCUGGAAUGUUUUAUAGCUUAGAAACGUAGAGAAAACAUAAAAAUGCAGUAGAUUACUAUUGUUACGGUGCUUAACAGCAUCAAUAAUUUAUAUACCAUUUUUGUGCCAAAGUGUAUUCUAAAUAGUUUAAAACUACUUCUACACCUGAACUACAGAAGGGGAAAUAGAAAUUAAAACUCUAAAAACUGUUGGAUUCAGCAGGGAUAGGAUCAUUCUGUUGUUCUGGAUGCUGGACGCGGUCAACAGAAUUUCCUACACAGCCCCUCUCUUCUCUAAUGUGUCUGUUUCUUUCAGGAUCACGGAAAUUCUUGAUAAACUGCCAAUGAGUGUCGCUGACCUGAUGGGAUACAUCCAGUCGUUCUCUUCAUACCAGAUUUUUCUAAAAGCCCAGCCAGAGGCAGCAAAAUCUCUCAUCCAAAACACCGAACAAAGGUAAAGAAAGAAAAGUGUAUUCAACCAAGUAACUCCUAACUGUUUUCUAUUUGUAUAUAUUUAUUCAUAUUGAAAUUUACAGGUUGUUCUUGGCCAAGGACCUGUCUUUUUAAAAAAACCUUUCCAAAUUUCAGAUAUUAAUUCCAUCUCUAUAUCACAGCUAAGGCAUCUGAGCGGCAUAAGAAUGAGGCUGUGUCAUCCAGAUGAGGUUGACCCGCGCCCCCCUCCGGCACCUUUAUUUUGAAAACUUUGUCCAUGCAUGCCCUUGCAAAUAAUAUCUAAAUAUUUUUUUCCUGUGAUGUCUUGGGAACCUUUGGGACUCAUUGCCACAUGAUUUUGUGGCACCCACUUUAAAGCAGUUUGGCUGCUUUUACCCUUUUAUCAGUAACUAAUCACAAAGCUACUACCUCUGUGAUACUGCAGCAUCCCUAAAGGUAAAGGUAGAGGGACCCCUGACCAUUAGGUCCAGUCGUGGCCGGCUCUGGGGUUGCGGCGCUCAUCUCACUUUGUUGGCUGAGGGAGCUGGCAUACAGCUUCCAGGUCAUGUGGUCAGCAUGACUAAGCCGCUUCUGGCGAACCAGAGCAGCACAUGGAAACGCCGUUUACUUUCCCGCUGGAGCGGUACCUAUUUAUCUACUUGCACUUUGACGUGCUUUCGAACUGCUAGGUUGGCAGGAGCAGGGACUGAGCAACGGGAGCUCACCCCGUUGCAGGGAUUUGAACCGCCAACCUUCUGAUUGGCAAACCCUAGGCUCUGUGGUUUAACCCAGAGCGCCACCCGCAUCCCAUGCAGCAUCCCUAAUGAUAGACAAAAAUGCAGCUUACAUAUUCAAAGCAGGAAUAUAUUUGAUAACACAGGCACCUGAGUGGCUAUGCUUGGAGAAAACUGUGCAUCAGUAGAAAUGUUUUUAUUGUUGUUAGAAGUUGUAUUUUAGCUCCUUUUUCUCUGAUUGUACAUGAUGGCCUCAGGUGCUGAAGCGGGUUAUAAACUGGUAAAAUAAGUUUGUUUGUGCUUUUGGAUUGUGCUGACCCCUGAUUUCUUCCUCUUUAAACUUCCCUUUCCAGGAUCCUGGAGACGAUGGAAGUUUCGUCUCGAGAGACCAAGCUGGAGCUCUGCACUCGGCACGUUUGUGUCCUGGGUUAUAAGUGACUUGGAUCUAGUUAACGAAUGACCCUCCUGAGGAAACAAUGCCAGGGCACUCUUGAAAUUUUUCCAAUAAAAACAAAUGUCUCAUUUAAUUGCAAGAGGAGUGGGGAAAAGGGUGUCAAAUGCACUCAGCGGACCAGAAUCAGCAGCAGCAAUGUAAAUUUAUUACUUUUUAAGGGAAGAGAAAAUUGGAUGUAUAGCAGUGGGACUGGCUAAGUCACAGCUUUAAAUCUGUGGUGUUCACUGGGUGACCUUGAGCUAAGAAUUUGCACUAGAUGUUUUUGGCCUCCAGCUCCCAUCAACCCUGCAGUGCUGGCUGGGGCUGAUGGGAGUGGGAGCCCAACAGCAGCUUGAGGACCCACAAGCCCCUUACUAUGGGAACUAAUAACCCUUUAGCCCAGAAUCCCGUUUCCCACAAGAACAAAGCAGAUACUUCUGGUCAGCCCAGAGGCACGACUUGAAGGCAAGAGAUGUGGAUUUCAAAUUAGGAAUGCAGGCAAGGCGAGGGAGGAGGGAGAAGAAUGAGUUUAAAAUGGCAAAGAGAUAUAAGCAAAAUGAAGGGAGAAAAAGGAAGAGAGAAUGGGUUUUUUUUCAGGAAAAUGGAGAGGAGGGAAUGAAGACCCAAAGGCACAGAUAAACUGAGAUCUUUUCCUUGUAGAUACCCAGCCACAUGUUUCCUUUACUCUCCAGAAAGUACACACUCACUAAAAUGCUAUGAUUUGGGCCAUUCUGGCUCACCUGUCAAAAAUAAAUGUACCCCAGAUAAUCAUCAUCAUCAUCUACUCUGGGCAGCUUCAAGCAAAAAAUAAAAAAUAAAAAAAUGUCAGACAUUUUAAAUAAUGAAUGGAUGCUUCAUGAUUGCCAAGUUCUUUAAAAUGCACUCCCAAACUUUUAACCUAUGCAAAUGGAGACUGGGAAAUUGGGAUGGGGGGUUCACCCUAGUCCCAGGAGCCUAUACUGCCCUGUUAAAGGAGGUUUUUGCCUCAGACUGAGUGACUGAAGCUUCAGGGCAGCCUAGGAUUUUGGUGUAACAAAAAAAAAAAAAAGAUGGGCGGGAAGGGAGAGAUAAUAAAACCUCAUGAGGAACGGUUGAGGAGUUGAGUAUGUUUAGCAUGGAGAAAAGAAGACUCAGUGGUGACACAGUAGUUAUAUUUAAAUAUAGGAAGGGCUGUCACAUGGACAAAGGAGCAAGUUUGUUUUCUACUGCUCCAGAGGAUAGGUGCUGAACCAAUGGAUUCAAUUUAGGAGAUUCUGACUAAACAUUAGGAACAACUUUCUGAUGGUACGAGCUGUUUGACAGUGGAAUGGGC